AUGUCUACAAACGAACAACAACAACAAAAUACUGAACAAUUAACCAUGCUCAAGGAACGUUUUCCACAUAUCAACGAAAACAAAUUAACUCGUGUCUUACAACGCCAUGGUGGAGAUUUUGAUAAGGUUUGUGCACGUCUUAGUCAACGUGAAGCACGUUGUAAUAAAUGGGAGUCACUUGAAACACGUUUUGGUCCAGCAAUAACAACAUUACAACAGGAACAUCCAUCAAUUCAAUCAUUUAAACGUUUCCGUUUAUUGAAAACAAUGGAACGUUUUGAUGGUGACAUUGAAAAAGUUAACAAAUUCAUACAAGAACGUGAAACAAAACGUUGUCAUAAAGAUCGAGAUACUAGUAUAUCUCGAUGUCAACGACGAGAAGAAUUAAAAACAAAAUAUGCCAGUCAAUUAGCUCAAUUAGCUACUUCUGGCAUCAAUGUAGAUCGUCCAUGGAUACUUCGAGUAUUGGAGAAACAUGAAGGUGAUGUUAACAAGGUCAUUGAAAUGAAAUCCCGUUGUACAGAAAGAAAGGCAAAAUUUGCUGAACUUUAUACAAAAUAUGCAAAUCAAAUUGCUCAACUUGAAGCUGAAGAUUUUUCAAUAAAAAAUAAACGAAUUUUAGCAUGUUUAUUAGAAAAAUCAAAUGGAGACAUCGAUGUUGUUAAACAAUUUGCACAAGAACGACAAGAAAAGCAUCUCAAACGAAAAGAAUGUCGUCAUAAACAUCGAAAUACAUCACCAACAAUAACAACACAAGAAGGUAAUGAAUCAGGAUCAACAUGUAGAAAACGACAUGAUUUCAGUUCGGAUGAUCUUGAAAAUCUUAAGAAACUUCGCUUAGCUGGUGUACAUGGUAAUCCAAGAAGAGUAUUGGCAACAUUUCAUGAAUGUAAUGAUUCAAUUGAAUUAACACAAACUCGAAUGCAAGAAAAAAAACAUAAGCGUUGUCAUCAUCGAGAAGAACGAGCUUCAGUAGCUGAUAUUCAUAAUGCGUAUAUAAAAAUAAAUCAACGAGAAGAUUGGCCACGUGAUAUUGAACAAGUUUAUCUUGAUGGAAAUAAUAUGAUGUUUGUUGUUGAUUCUCUUCGUCGUUUAUGUUUAAAUCGAGCUGGUAAAAAAACUGAACGUGCUAUAGGAGAAAUAGCUGCAGCAUGGAAUCAACAGAUGCAUAUACCAAAUGUUGAGCUUAUUUAUGAUUCAGCAAGUCAGUUAGAUCAAAUUGAUACAGUUAAAGUUACAAGUGCUCAACCAACAUAUAAAACAACUGAUGAUAUGUUAGUAGAUAUAGUUCGUCGACCUGAAAAUCAGGAAAAAAACAAACGUACAAUUAUUAUUACAUCGGAUCGAGCUUUAGCUGUACUUUUACAACGUGAAGGUUGUUUACUUGUGAAACCAAAGAAUUGGUUCGCACAUUGUGUUAUGGUUUUAACACCUGAUUUAAUCAAUAACGAAGAAAAAACAGGCGUGAUAACAGAUGCAUCAUCAUCACCAUCAACAACGGUCAAAACUCAUUACAAUUUUGAUGAACUUGUUCAUAUUAAUCUUGCUCUUUAUGAAGAAGCAAUUGAUAUUCAAUUAGAUAAUCUUUCAAUGAUUUAUGCUAACAUGGAUUCAAUUCUUCAUUCUCAAUAUGAUAUUGAUAGUACAUUAGAAUAG